AUGAAGAAACCACAUUGGAUUAAUCAGCAAUUGCUGAUUUUGUGUACAGCAUUAGCGGUAAACUGCGAAAGUUACUAUUCAAUAAAUGCUCCCGGUGUCAUAAAAUCAAAUCGUAAAUAUCCUGUAGUUGUCACUCUCCAUGAAGCCAGUGAGCCGUGUACGAUACGUCUUGGCAUUGCGGGACCCAGUUUAAAUGAGUCUCAAGAUGUAAAUUUAAAACCAUUUGAAUCAAAACUAAUUGAAUUUUCGCCUAACAAAUUAAUGCAAGGAGAUUACCAAUUAACUGCAGAAGGCUUAUCAGGUUUGAUUUUUAAGAAUUUCAGUCGUUUACAUGAGCAAGUAAAUGAUGGACCAAAAAUUUAUAUACAAACCGAUAAGGCGAUCUACAAGCCUCAAGAUUUGGUUAAAUUUCGGGUUGUGUUAUUGGAUGAGCAUACGAGGCCAUUACAUAUUGAAGUACCUGUUAGAGUGGAUGUAUUGGAUAGUGAAGAUAAUCGUGUGAAACAAUUCAAAGACAUCUCUUUUACAAAAGGUGUUUAUACUGGUAAAUUCAAACUAUCUGAAUAUCCCGCUUUAGGAACUUGGACAAUUAAGGUGGUUCUAGGAGGAAACAAUACUUACUCCAGCAUAAAAACCAUUAAGAUACACAACUAUAAUCUGCCAAAAUUCAGUGUCUACCUAAAAGCUCCUUCGAAUAUUAUUUUGGAAGAUGGUUACAUUCGAGUGGUAAUCUUUGGCAAAUAUACGUUCCAAAAACACGUAGAAGGCAAUGCUACAGUUGAAUUGUGGAAUGAAGAUGCAAAAGAACUCUUACAAACCAAACAUAUUGAUGUUGAAAAUUUAGGUUUUGUCGAGUUUAAUAUUAAGAACGAAACAAUCACUAAUAAUGCCAAAAAAUUAAAAGUCAAGGCGCGACUAAGCGAAAAGAACACGGGUAGAACUGAAAGAUGGUCUCAAAGUAUAAAUUUACAUAAACAGCAUUAUAAUUUCGAAAUUCCAGACAAUGAUAUAGAAUUUGAAAACAAUAAACCCUAUAGCCUCAGAGUUUUUGUAAAACAUUGGACUGGAGCUGCAGUUUUGGAUCACAAGACGCCAGUUACCAUGGAACAUGGUAAUAAAAUGUAUGAAUCAUUCUUAGAUGACAAAGGUGCAGCAACAUUUGAGUUUGAAUAUGACGAAAAUGCCAAUCAUAUAUUUCAAUUUAAAGAUUCCAAAGGAAUGUUGCCUAAUAUUUACUCCAAUGAAUAUUUAAUGUUGAACAAUAGGGAAUACUAUUGCAGGCUGACCUUGGUCGAUAAAAAACUUAAACUCGGAAAACCAGUGCUAAUAGAAGUCAGUUCUAUUGUCAACAUACCUUAUUUGAUGUACACUGUAAUGAGUCAUGCCACUAUCAUACAAACGCAACAUAUUACAGUACCGCCCAACCAAAAAUCAUAUACCAUUAACAUAACAUCCUCAAUUGAGAUGAUACCCGAGUCUUUCAUCUACGUGUAUUACAUCCACAAAGGCAGUUUACGUUACGAAGAACUGAGUUUAAAUUUUCCAAAUGAAUUCGAAAAUCAGAUCACACUCUCUGCACCGAAGCAAGUGCAACCGGGAGAAGAAGUUACAAUUGCUAUAAAUGCUCAACCCAACUCGUAUGUUAGUAUACUGGCAGUGGAUUUGGGUGUAUAUUUAUUGGAUAAUACUUAUGAUUUAAAUAGAAGUAAUAUAAUUUCUGAGUUGAAUAAUGAAAGGUCAUAUUCACCCAUAGCAGCGGCUGUUUAUCCCGGCAUAAUAUCUGGUCUUUUGACCUUAACCAAUGCUCAUUAUCCAUUUAAAAGAGUGCAUAGUAAGUAA